AUGUCUGCCGCACGCGCGAAGUUGGCAGAGCUGCGAGCUCUUCGUGCAGCAGGAAAGAAACGUCUAUCAACAUACGAGAUUGAAGAACAAGACGACAUCUUCGAAGAGGUCGAUGACGAAGGUUACAAGAAAAUUAUCCGUGACCGGCUGGAUCAGGAUGAUUUUGUGGUCGACGACAACGGUGAAGGAUACGCGGAUGAUGGACGGGAAGUCUGGAACGAACGAGUAGCGGACUACAACAGCGAAAGCGACGAUGAGGAGUUACCAGGACGCAACAAAGCUGCCAAAAGGAAGCGGGAAGAGGAGAAGCAGAGGAAAGAAAGAAUCAACAAUGGUAUCUCAAAAUACUUCAACACUGGACCUGCUGCGUCUGCUCCGAAGCCGAAACCUGUUGUCACAGCAGAAGAUGAAGCUUUCAUGGCAGAUCUCCUUGGAGAAGUCGAUGCCAAUGUCGUCGCGAACCAUGUCCCUAUACAAAAUGUGAUCAAGUCGGAAACUCGACGCAAAGUCCGCAUUCUUUCGCCUCCAUUAGCCUCGAAGCCACGAAAUGAGAGGAUCAGCGGAAAGGACGAGAACAGCGAGCCGGUCUCGCAGGUUAACCAAGCACCGGAUCUCGAGUUCGAAGACGACGAUGGACCGCUCCCUACAAUGGAUGACGGCGACGUGGCCAUGAGUGAUCCUAUGCCAUCUUCGCCCAUUAGCAAAGUAGUUGAGAGGAAAUCGAAUGUCAACGUAAAGAAGGAAGAAUCUGAUGAAGAGGACAACGAUCUCAUGGAGAUUGCUCCAGCAACAGGACAAAGUGAAGCCAAAAUGACUAGCGUUAACAUGGCUGGAAGCCGUCCGCCUCCGAAGAUAAAGAAGGAGAAUUAUACAACUCCUGCGAGUUCUUCUCCCGCGAAAGCACCUGUGGACGUUCUGAACGCUUCUUGGAACGACGUCCGGAGUAAACUGAACGUCCUUAGUAGUCCAGCAACGGAAUCACGGACUUUCGGUAAGCUUCGUGCACAGGAUGUGAUCGAAGAAGACGGAAGUUUGCGGAUGUUUUGGCUCGACUAUACGGAAGUCAACGGCAGUUUGUGCUUAUUUGGCAAGGUGAAGAACAAGCACACCGGUUCUCAUGUCAGCGCUUUCGUCAAAAUUGACAAUAUCCUCCGAAAGCUUUUUUUCCUUCCUCGGGAGUACAGAUAUAAACAUGGCCGAGUGACCGAUGAGGAGGUGGAUAUGAAAGAUGUUUAUGAAGAGGUUGAUGAGAUAAUGUCCAGGCUCAAAGUCGGGAUGCAUAAGAUCAAGCCGUGCACACGCAAGUAUGCGUUUGAAUUGCCCGAUAUUCCCAAGGAAGCAGAGUACUUGAAAUUGCUCUACCCGUACGACAAGCCGGCAUUACCGAUGGAAACCAAGGGCGAAACGUUCUCUCAUGUCUUCGGAACCAACACCUCUCUCUUCGAGCAAUUUGUGCUUUGGAGAAACGUCAUGGGUCCAUGUUGGCUCAAGAUUGAGGAUGCGGAUUUUACAGCUGUCAGCAACGCGUCAUGGUGCAAGUUCGAGUGUCAGGUUGCAAGACCUGCUUGCAUUACACCUGUGCCUGACACCGAGAAUCUGGAGCCGCCGCCCCUUACACUCAUGAGUCUUGCUUUCAGGACUCAACUCAAUGUAAAGGAGAAUAAGCAAGAAAUUUUGGUGGCAAGUGCACGCGUUUACGAAAAUGUCUCGCUCACGGACACUACUCCUCCUGAGAAACUCCCUUGCAAGACAUUCACUGUCAUGCGACCAGUUGGCUCUUCAUACCCUCUUCAUUUCGAGGCUGAGACGCGCAAGCAACGAGGCACUUUCAUGCUGGAAAAGAGCGAGCAAUUUCUGCUGAGCAAAUUCCUGGCAUUGUUCGAAAAAAUGGAUCCUGAUGUCCUUAUGGGACAUCAGCUACAAGAAGUCGACCUCAGCAUUUUUCUCAGUCGCUUGAAAGAAAAGAAGACCCCCGGCUGGCAUCGCAUUGGACGUCUAAAACGUGGCGAGUGGCCCAAGAGCUUCAACAAAGGUGGAGGAUUCUUUGCUGAAAGGCACUUGAUCGCGGGAAGAUUGAUGUGCGAUGUAGCGAAUGACAUGGGAAAGUCUCUCAUGAUGAAAUGUCAAUCGUGGAGCUUAACAGAAAUGUGCGAACUCUACCUUGGAGACGGUAAUACACGGCAGGAACUGGAUACUGAGGCGGCAUUGAAGACUUGGGCUACCUCCAAAGAAGGUCUCAUGAAUUUUGUGAACCACUGCGAUGCGGACACCUAUUUUAUUGCUGCACUGGUGUUGCGGCUGCAAAUGUUGUCACUCACCAAAGUUCUCACAAAUAUUGCUGGCAAUUCCUGGGCUCGAACCCUCAGUGGUACUCGCGCUGAACGUAACGAAUACAUCCUGCUGCAUGAGUUCCACCGAAACAAAUACAUCUGCCCAGACAAAUACUCAUCCAAGCUGCAGAAGGCAGAAGAGAAGAAUCAGGAUGGCGACGAUGAUGAUGCCGGUGACAAGAAGAAGAAGGACAAAUACAAAGGAGGUCUUGUCUUCGAGCCUGAAAAAGGUCUCUAUGACAAGUUUGUCUUGGUCAUGGACUUCAACAGUUUGUACCCGAGCAUCAUCCAAGAGUACAAUAUCUGCUUCACGACCGUGGAUCGGACCGCCACAGCUGAAAAUGAGAACGAAGAAAAAGUUCCCGAAGUUCCUUCGUCGGAUCAAGAACAGGGUAUUCUUCCUAAACUCAUUGCCACGCUUGUUGGUCGCCGGCGCGAAGUAAAGAAAUUGAUGAAAUCCAAAUCCGCGACACCUGAACAGCUUGCGCUGUGGGACACCAAGCAAUUGGCUUUCAAGUUGACCGCUAAUUCUAUGUAUGGAUGUUUGGGUUAUACGCAGAGUCGUUUCUAUGCUCGUCCUCUGGCAAUGCUCACAACUUUCAAGGGUCGUGAGAUUCUGAGGAGCACCAAGGAGCUUGCGGAAUCAAAGCAGCUCCGCGUCAUCUAUGGCGAUACUGACUCUGUUAUGAUUAACACCAACAUGGACACUAUCAGUGAUGCACUCAAGGUUGGCGAGGAGUUCAAGAAAUCCGUCAACGAACGAUACCGGCUCCUGGAAAUAGAUAUCGACAACAUCUUCCGUCGCCUGUUAUUGCACGCUAAAAAGAAGUAUGCAGCCAUCAACAUGACUGAGGUGGACGGAAAGUUUGUGGACAAGCUCGAGGUCAAAGGUUUGGAUAUGAAACGUCGUGAAUACUGUGCCCUAUCGAAGGAAGUAUCUCAGAAACUUCUUAAUGAAAUCCUCUCCGGCGAAGACCAAGAGCUGGUUCUCAAUCGAGUCCAUGACUACCUUCGAGACCUCGCCGACAAAAUGCGAGGGUACCAAAUUCCAGUUCAGAAAUACGUGAUCUACACGAAACUGUCUAAACGACCAGAGGAAUACCCCAACAAGGAAACGAUGCCUCCCGCACAAGUUGCGCUACGUGAGCUCGCCCGUGGCAAGACAAUUCGACCCAACGAUGUCAUUUCAUACAUUGUGACAAAUGGAGACUCGGAGACCUCAUCGCUACCACCAGCGAAGCGGUCAUAUACCGUCCAUGAUGUCAUGAAAUCUGAUAAUAACCUCAAACCCGAUAUUGAAUUUUACCUCCUCAAGCAGAUUUUCCCUCCUAUUGAGCGUCUCUGUGCGCCUAUUCCGGGUACUGAUGCAGUUCGGCUAGCUGAGUGUCUGGGUCUGGAUGUACGCAAGUAUCAAAUCAAUACGUCCAGUGGAAGCAAUCAGCAGAAUGCGGAUAUCUUUCCGUUGGAGUCCCAGAUUCCAGACUCUGUUCGUUUCGAGAAUGCUGCUCGUCUUACCCUGACUUGUCGAUCUUGCAAAGAGAAAUCGAUCUUCGAGGGACUUGUGGCCUCGACUCAUAUGUGCACAGCCAACGGCAUUGUCUGCCCUAACCAAGCAUGUCAAAAACCUUUCACCGUGCUGACGAUAAUCGCACAAUUGGAGAGCCAAAUCCGUGCCCAAACGUCUAAGUACUACGAAGGCUGGCUGGUUUGUGAUGACUCUGCAUGUGGCAACCGCACUCGCCAGAUGAGCGUUUAUGGGCACCGGUGCCUGGGGCCUCGUGGCCGCGCUGAGGGCUGCCUUGGUCGUAUGACGUAUGAGUACUCAGAGAAGCAGAUGUACAACCAAUUGCUUUACUUUGCAGGUCUGUGGGAUGUGGACAAGGCCAAAGUCAAUGCCCAGAAGGAGGCCAGCGGCGAAAAGAAAGACAGCAUCGCAGCGCUGGUCGAAUUCAAUCGCACUCGCUUCGGCACCAUUAAGGGUGUGGUGGAUGGCUACCUGAAGAAAUGCGGCCGACAAUGGGUUGAAAUGGAUGCCCUUUUCCGGUUCAUGCUUCCAUAA